UUAUAUUAGUUUUUCUUCCGAAAUUUCACCAGCUCUUAUCAAAGAUAUGGGGCUUGAAUUAAUUAAAGAAUCUAUUUAUACUAAUGAUUAUCAGAAAAAAUAUAAUAUAUUGGAACAAGAAUAUUAUAAAUUAUUUAUCAAUAAUUGUAAGAAUAUUACAGAUUUUCGUUGGUGUACAACAUUACCCUUAUAUCAAUAUCCUGGAGCAUCAACUUGCUUUUCUCAACUCCGUACCCUUUAUAUUACAGAUAAUCAAAGUUGGAUUUCAGAUAAAUUAUUAGGAAUGUCGCAAAUUUGUCAAGAUAUUGAAAAUUUGGAAUUAUUGAAUUGUGAUAGAGAUACUCCAGGAUUAAUCAAAUUUAUUGAUAAUCAAAAAAAUUUACAAUCACUUCACUUAAAUAAUUACGUAAGUUGUGAAAUGGGAGGUAUACAAUUAAGUGAAACAAUAGAAAAAAAAGCAG